UGUAGUAUAUAGCUCAGCGGAUAGUGAACUUGUUGCGCUCAUGAUCCUAGAUUCAAAUCUACGAUCAUCAUAUGUAUUACAGUUUUGGUUUUUAUAAUAUAUCUUAGUACUUUUAAAACUAUUAUACAUACCAACGCAAAUAUGUAUGACCUUGUAUUUUAAUGUCAAUCAAUCUGCAACCGAGAUAUAUUUAGAGCUGUCGUUAAAGGGAUAAAAUUUCUUUUACUUCUAGGAAUCUACUGAAUUAUAAAAACAUUAGUAAUCCGCAUCAAAAUUGAAACCGUAAUUUGAGAUAUUUAUUGAGUUACACGCAGCACAUCGGUGUAAAUUAAAAAGCUAUGAAGUAAGUACUAAUUAUAUCACUUCCGAGCAAAAGAAAGUGGCCAGUGUCCGGCGAUGAACGAGCGGUUCACUAGUGUAUCUUGUAUAGAAUCGAGUAACAGAAUCAGUGUUUUGACGGAAACCAAGCGAACAACAUGGUUAGAUUGUUUAUGCUAGCCGUCUUGUGCUUUACUUUUCUAUCCAUUCUAGAAGUGCGAGGAAAGCAAGUGGCACACACAAGUUUAAAUCAAACUAAAUGUAUUGAAAAUGGCAGAUUUUACAGGAAUCCGGAUAGAUCCGAAGACAUAUUAUGGACAAAGAACGAAUGUGCCAAAUACUAUCUUUGUGUAGAGGGUGAGGUGUUCGAAUUCAAAUGCUCGGAAGGGCGACUUUUCGAUGUCAAUCGACAACUAUGCGAUAAAUAUCAAAAUGUCCAUAACUGUGACGUCACGAAAGAAAUAGUUCUACCACAACCACUUCUGGAGCAUGCAAUGUGUGCCAACGAAACACACCUGGGCUGUGCGGACGGUCACUGCUUACCUGCGGAAUAUUUCUGCGAUGGCUCAUUUGACUGCGAUGAUUUAUCUGACGAAGCCUGGUGUGACGUUACAAACGAUCCAAAUUCAGCGGAACCAUGCGAUCCCAACAUGUGCCUGUUACCUGAUUGUUUCUGCACGAAUACCGGCAAAGAAAUACCAGGAAAUCUCGUACCUAAUCAGACACCUCAAAUGAUCACUCUCACAUUCAAUGGAGCGGUGAAUCACGAAAACUGGGAUAUUUAUAACAAACACUUGUUUACAUCCGAUCGUAAAAAUCCCAAUGGAUGUCCAAUCAAGGCUACUUUCUUUGUCUCACACCCCUAUACCAACUAUAGACACGUCCAGAAAUUGUGGAAUGACGGACACGAAAUUGCUGUACAUUCUAUAACACACCGUGGCCCAGAAGAAUGGUGGGCUAGGAACGCCACUGUUGAAGAUUGGUUUGACGAAAUGGUUGGCCAAGCAAACAUAAUCAAUAGGUUUGGAAAAGUAUGGAUGGAGGAUUUCAGAGGUCUUCGGGUACCCUAUUUAUCUGUCGGAUGGAACCGACAGUUUGUUAUGAUGCAAGAGUUUGGAUUUGUUUACGAUGCAACGAUAGUAGCGCCCCCCUCCGACCCGCCAUACUGGCCCUACACUCACGAUUACAAAAUGCCGCACGAAUGCACAGAAAAAUAUCAAUAUUGUCCAACAAGAAGUUAUGCAGGAUUAUGGCAGAUGGUUAUAAAUCCUCUGUUAGAUGGCAAAAAUAAUUCAUACGCAACUCCUGAACAUUGCGACUUUACACUUACUGGCGAUGAUAUAUAUGGUAUUUUACUAAACAACUUCAAAAGGCAUUAUUUAAAAAAUAGAGCUCCAUUUGGCAUACAUCUGAGUGGUACUUGGUUACGAAAUAGCCAUUACCUUGCUGCUUUGAAGAGAUUUAUAAUAGAACUAUUAAGGCUACCAGAUGUUUACUUCGUAACAUAUAAAGAGGUUAUUGAGUGGAUGAAACGACCAACACCAGUACUCCAAUUAAAGAAAUUCCAACCGUGGCAAUGCAAGGAUCGUCGCUUCCGUGAAAAUGAAAUAGCUUGCAGCAAACCUAGGACAUGCAAACUACCUUCUAAAGUAUUGGAACAUGACAAAUACAUGAUUACAUGUGUAGAUUGUCCUAAAAGCUAUCCUUGGAUAAGAAAUGAGUUUGGAUUUGAUUAAUAAAAAAUAAAAUUAUAUCUAAAUUAAAGUUACCAUAUUUAAGUCAAACUUUAUAUGUUAAGGUACUUGGUAAUAAGUAUAAUUUUAUUUCAUACCACUAUAUAUGAACAAUAAUAUUGACACCCCAUGAAUGUAAGGAUGCUCUUGUCUUUGUUGUGGGCAAAUAAUCUUAUACAGGAACAGUGAUGUCAUGAGAUAAUGCUAGUGUCAUGUUAUUGUGCAUAUUUAGCAAUAAAAACAAUGUAAGAUUGUAAAAAUACCUGAAUUUUCAAUCCUUUAACAUGGCCUUUAUUCUUCUUAUUCCGAUGUAAUAGGGCAAUUCAGUUUUAUUAAGAUGAAAAAUGUGUGUGUACUCAUCAAACUUUAUUUUUGCCUUCAAUAAAAGCAGCAAUGAU